UUUUGGUGGCUCACCACUUCAAAUCAAAAGCCCUCUUCUUACACAAAAUUAAAGCUUCGCUUCUUUUUUUUUUUGAAAUCAAAAACCCUUUCUCAUCAUUCAGAUUCGGCACAUUCCACCAAAAACACGAACCCUUCACUCUCUGUUUUUUUUUUUCCGACAAUGAAACUAAACGUCUUCGUAUUGUUCCUUCUCUUGGUCGCUCUUCUCCUCUCUUCUUCCGUCGUCGAGGUCUCCGCCGGUUUAGGAUGCGGGAAAAAGUGCGGGGUGAGAUGCUCGAAGGCGGGGGUGAAGGAAAGGUGCUUGAAGUACUGCGGGAUAUGCUGCGUCAAGUGCAAAGGCUGCGUCCCUUCCGGAACUUACGGCAACAAGCACGAAUGCGCCUGCUACAGGUCCCUCAAGAACUCCAAGGGAAAGCCCAAAUGCCCUUAAUAAAUAUCUUCCUCACUAUUACAUAAUAAAUAUCUUUUUUUUUUUAUAAAAAAAUUCAGUUUCUGUACAACUUUGUGUGUGUUAAAAUAAUAACAUUUAUGAGUUUGUGUUCUGUAAUAAAAAGGCAUGUUAUUGGAGUUGGAAUUGCUGGUGUGCUUUUU